CCGGUUCGCGGACCUCGACAGUAGCCGGGUGUCACCCAAAUGUGGGCGUGGCUUUUUUUCCGUUCCGAUUUUAUAUGUCUGUGUCUUAUUAUCAUGGUCACCCCCAUAGUGACCCCUGUACCCUAGAAUCCAGGAGACACACUGCCCAGGUCACCUCGCCCUUUAUCAGUCCCACCAAGACCAGACGUGUGCAAGACUUCAUGAUGGGCGAGGACAGGAUCCGCAUGACAGAGAAGAUAUUACAUAUCACCAUGGAGAUCAUUUACCUGCUGACUGGGGAGGAUUACAUACUAGUGAAGAAUGCAUCUGGCAAACGUGUGAUACACAGCAGCCAUCCCUGUGUGUCAGGAGGACUGAGCAGAUCCCAGAGCCCCAUCCCGGUGCCUCCACCUCACUCACUGACACAUGAGAGGCACAGUGACCAGAACAUCCUGGAACUCGCCGUCAACAUCAUUCAGCUGCUGACUGGAGAGGUUCCUAUAAGGUGUGAGGAUGUCACUGUCUAUUUCUCCAUGGAGGAAUGGGAGUAUAUAGAGGAACACAGGGGUCUGUACAAGGACAUGAUGAUGGAGAAUCACCGGCCCCUCACAUCACUGGAUGGAACCAGUAACAGGAAUACCCCAGAGAGAUGUCCCCGUCCUCUUUAUUCCCAGGAUCACACAGAGGAGAAUCACAGUGUUCCACAGGAGGAUCAGGGAGAAGAUCUGAUUGUCAUUAAAAUAGAAGAUCUAAAGGGUGAAGAGAUGUAUGUGUGGGGUGAUCAGUGUAAGGAGGAGGAAAUCUCAACACAUAGCACAGAGGUCAUGUCACCCUUUGCAAUUCCUAGUAAGGCUAAUAUAGUUCCAAUUUUCAUGAUGGAUGAAGACAGGAGUCACAUGACUGAGAAGAUAUUGAGUCUCACCCUGGAGAUCAUCUACCUGCUGACUGAUGAGGAUUACACAGUAGUGAAGAAGACAUCUAGGGAUCUUGUGACACCUACCACCGGUCCCCAUGUGUCAGGAGGACUGAGCAGGACCCAGAGCCCCAUCACGGUGCCUCCACCUCACAUACUGAUACAUAAGAGGCACAAUGACCAGAAGAUCCUGGAACUCACCAACAAGAUCAUUCAGCUGCUGACUGGAGAGGUUCCUAUAAGGUGUGAGGAUGUCACCGUCUAUUUCUCCAUGGAGGAGUGGGAGUAUAUAGAGGAACACAGGGGUCUGUACAAGGACGUGAUGAUGGAGAAUCACCGGCCCCUCACAUCACUGGAUGGGACCAGUAACAGGAAUACCCCAGAGAGAUGUCCCCGUCCUCUUUAUUCCCAGGAUCAUACAGAGGAGAAUCACAGUGUCCCACAGGAGGGUCAGCGUAAAGACCUGACUGAUCUGAAUGCAGAAGAUAUAGAGGGAGAAGAAGAGACGUAUGUGAUUGGUGAUCCGCAGUGUAAAGAGGAGGAAAUCCCUACAGAUAUCAGCACAGGAAACAAGAGUCCCUCUGAGAAACAUUGGAUUUUAUUUCCAGUUUUGGAUCAAGACGACGGUGCAGAUACAUCACCCGAUCCCUCUAACCAUGAAGAGUAUUCUCCCGAUAGCUCGGAUAUUACUACCCAUUGUGCACAGCGUAGAGAUGGUAACAUACCACCGCGCCCUCCGUCUGGUAAAUGUUUGGAAACCGUUUUUGUCGAUCAUCAGAGCACUCAGGCAAGUGAAAGACCAAUUCCCUGUUCCGAGUGUGGGAAGUGUUUCUCGCACGCUUCACAUUUUCACCGGCACCAGAGAAGCCACACGGGCGAGAAACCAUUUCCGUGUGUUGAGUGUGGGAAAUGUUUUACGCAGAAAGCCCAUCUUCAAAAGCACCAGAGGGUUCACACUGGUGAGAGGCCAUUCCCAUGCUCCGAGUGUGGGAAAUGCUUUCCCCAGAAAAUAGAUCUGGCUACCCAUCAGAGGAUCCACACCGGGGAGAAACCGUUUCCGUGUCCCGACUGCGGGAGACGUUUCAGGCAAAAAUCUGACUUCAUCAAGCACCGGAUGACGCACACCGGAGACAAGCCGUUUCCGUGUUCCGAGUGUGGGAAAUGUUUUGUGCAGAAGAGGGCUCUCAUUAACCAUCAGAGAAUCCACACAGGGGAGAGACCAUUUCCGUGUUCCGAGUGCGGGAAAUGUUUUACCCAGGAGUCUGCUUUUGUUCGGCACCUGAAGAUACACACAGAUCAGAGGCCAUUCCUGUGCUCCGAGUGCGGGAAAUGUUUUAGAGAGAAAUCAGACUUUGUUAAGCAUCAGAUGACUCACACGGGUGAGAAACCUUUUCCCUGUUCCGAGUGUGGGAAAUCAUUCGUACAGAAGAGAAAUCUGAUCAACCACCAGAGGACUCACACUGGGGAGAAGCCAUUUCCGUGUCCUGAAUGCGGGAGAUGUUUUACGCAGGAAUCCGAUUUUGUUAGACACCAGGAACAUCACACGGGCGAGAAGUCCUUUCCGUGUUCUGAGUGUGGAGAACUCUUCGUACAGAAGAGGGAUCUUGUUAGCCAUCAGAGGACUCACACGGGCCAGAAGCCGUUUGCGUGUCCUGAGUGUGGCAAAGGCUUUACGCAGGAAGCUGAUUUCGCUAGACACCGAAAGAUUCACACAAGUCAGAAGCUGUUGCUGUGUUGCGAUUGCGGGAAACGUUUUACACAUGUGUCACAUUUUGAGCGGCACCAGAGAAGUCACACGGGCGAGAAGCCAUUUACUUGUGCUAAGUGCGGGAAAAGUUUUGCACAGAAAAUACAUCUUCAGAAACAUCAGAGAGUUCACACAGGCUAAAAGUAAUUUCCAGGUUGUGAUUGUAGUAUUGUAGGUUGACGAGAAGAUGUUGGGAUGUCUAUUAAGUGUAAACUAUUUUAAUAUAAUGAAUAAAAGUAAUGGAUUCGCCCUCUUA